AUGAAAGCAGAGCCAAACCCUAACAAGAUCAACAACCAAUUCAACGAUCGUGUGAGUUCGUCUAAUUUAACGCUUGGUCGCCUCUUAAAACAGCUCAAAGCUGAAAGCACGACCAGUAGCCGUUCCUCUACAACAAGCCUCUGUGGCGAUCAACUUCUUAAGUUCCGUGAGCUUUACCAAAACCUUGAGUCUGGCUCCUUGACCAAAGACAAAUUCUCCCAAGCCAUUCGUGAAGACCCACAGUUCAAGCCAAACAAUAAAUUCGACAAAGUUUUAGAAAACCCUCAUCGCACUUAUACUGAACUGCUCAAUACAGUUCGGGCUCCACAAGAAACUACUCAAUCAGGCUUCUUUGACAACCCUCGCUGCCAAAGAUUCCUCAGCUCAAGCUCUUUGACCACUUUAGGCUCCCAGCGACUUACAAAGCCAAAAAUCGAGAACCCAGAAUCUUCAAUUAGGGACGUAAAUUAUGAUGAACUGUCAGACAAAAUAAAGUUGUACUCGUGUGGAGGGAUGGACAGAUCAGAAUUUAUGAAUUAUUUGUCAGAAAAGCAUAUUCCUAUCACCUUGGAGCUUGAAAGAGACAUAAGAGAGCAUGAAACCACCAAAUCUGUCGGGUACCAAAGGAUAGGGAGAUGCAUAUUUAAUUCCUUAAACCAAGAUGAAGCAACCACAAGGCUCGCGGGAAACCCGAAUCAGAAAGACCCAAAUACCUUUAGAUACUUGAGCAAUCCGAAUGUAGUCCAAGGAACGCCAGUUACCAAAGAAAAAAUGAAAGAAGAGCUACUGCAAAAAGAAUAUGACAAAGUUGGCACUGGCAUGUAUGUCACUCAUAAAGGAAAAGCCAAGCCAACUUAUCAGGAUAAUGGAGAGCUGACUGUGUGAAACCCUGAGAAGAAGGUUCAGACUGAAGUGAAAGAGCUUGACCACUUGUAAGAUUUAUUUAGAAAAUCCUCUGAUUUCUUUACUUGGCAAGGAGAUGUAGAAGACAACUCGGUAUCGAGAAAAGCCAAAAUAGACCAUGUUGCUGCUCAGAAUUCAGGUAACUUUAUAGGAUGGAGAGAUUAA